AACAUCGAAAUACAAAACUUUAAGGGUUAACAUCAACUCCUAAUAGUUUGCAAUCAAUUUUAUAUUACCAUGUAAGAAAUGUAAAGUUUUAUAUAUAGCAAGUUGUUAAAAAGCAAUAAAACGACUGAAAGCUCUUUAACUGUGGAUAAUUCUAUAAAUUAGAGAUAUGGAUCCAGAAUUUCUUUCUAGAUUAAUCCCACAAAAUAAAGAACAUGUACGACCAGCAUGCAAAAAAUGUGGAUAUGCUGGACACCUUACAUAUCAAUGUCGUAAUUUUAUCAAAGUUGACCCAAACAAAGAAAUUGUUUUAGAUGUUAGCAGUACUAGCUCUGAUAGCGAUGAAAAUUAUGUUACUCCACUGACUGAAUUACGUGAAAAGGAAUUAAAAAAGAAACUCCAAGAAGCUAAGAAAAAACAUAAGGAUAAGAAGACUAAAAAGAAAUCUAAGAAACGCAAGAGGUCUGAAAGUGAUAUUGAAUCAGAAACAGAAGCCUCCAGUGAUGAAGACAAGAAACAUAAACAUAAAAAGAAAAAGAAAAAGUCAAAACACAAAAAACGUAAGAAAUAUAAAAAAGACAAUUCAUCAGAUAGUAAUUGCAAUGAUAAAAAAAGAUAA